AUGGAACUCAGGUUUCAGCUAACAAGGACAUUAUCUUUUCUGGAAACACACUCUCAAUCAGCUCAGCAAAAGGAAGUUAUUCAGGACUAUAGCACACCAAAACCAGACAUCAGAAAAGAUCAGUGGUUUGAGCCCUUCUACACUGGGGAGAAAAUCGAGCUUGAUUGUAACAUGCCUGGUGAUGGAUGGAAGUAUGACUGGUAUAAAGGCUCAAAGCACUUGAUCAGAGAUCCAACCUUCACCAUCAACUCAGCAUCUCCCUCUGACACUGGUGACUAUCACUGCACAGCAAAGAGAGGAGACUUCUCAGUGGAUAGUGGGACUCUACAAGUGCGAGUUGAAGAGCCACCUCAACCCAAACUGUCAAUAGAGUCUGAUUGGAAAACAUUUUACCCAAGUGAAAAAGUGAUUCUGAAGUGUUCAAUCAAUUCAAAUGAAUGGGACUAUGAAUGGUUUAAAAACAGAUAUCGGCUUUCACGUAACAAGGAAAUUUCCUUUUCUGGAAACACACUUACAAUCAGCUCAGCAAAAGCGAGUCAUUCAGGACCGUAUUUCUGCAGAGGAAAACAUCGUGAGAGACCGUUAGUGACUACAAGAAGAACAGAAGCUUUGCAACUUCGUAUUUAUGUUAACACACCAAAACCAGACAUCAGAAAAGAUCAGUGGUUUGAUUUCUUCUACACUGGGGAGAAAAUCCAGCUUGAUUGUAACAUGCCUGGUGAUGGAUGGAAGUAUGACUGGUAUAAAGGCUCAAAACACUUGAUCAGAGAUUCAACCUUCACCAUCAACUCAGCAUCUCCCUCUGACACUGGUGUCUAUCACUGCACAGCAAAGAGAGGAGACUUCCCAGUGAAUAGUGGGACUCUACAAGUGCGAGUUGAAGAUAACACACCAAAACCAGACAUAAUAAAAGAUCAGUUUGAUUUCUUCUACACUGGGGAGAAAAUCCAGCUUGAUUGUAACAUGCCUGGUGAAGGAUGGAAGUAUGACUGGUAUAAAGGCUCAAAACACUUGAUCAAACAGCCAAUCUUUACUAUCAACUCAGCAUCUCCCUCUGACACUGGUGACUAUCACUGCACAGCAAAGAGAGGAGACUUCCCAGUGGAUAGUGAGACUCUACAAGUGCGAGUUGAAGACCUGCCUAAACCACAACUGUCAAUAGAGUCUAAAUGGAAAACAUUUUACCCAAGUGAAAAAGUGAUUCUGAAGUGUUCAAUCAAUUCAAAUGAAUGGGACUAUGAAUGGUUUAGAAACAGAGAUCAGCUUUCAGGUGAUGAUGACAUUUCCUUUUCUGGAAACACACUCUCAAUCAGCUCAGCAAAAGCGAGUCAUUCAGGACAGUAUUCCUGCAGAGGAAAACAUCUGAAGAGAACGCCAGUGACUACAAAACAAGCAGACGCUUUGAAACUUCAUAUUCAUGAUAACACACCAAAACCAGACAUCAGAAAAGAUCAGUGGUUUGAGCCCUUCUACACUGGGGAGAAAAUCGAGCUUGAUUGUAACAUGCCUGGUGAUGGAUGGAAGUAUGACUGGUAUAAAGGCUCAAAACACUUGAUCAGAGAUCCAACCUUCGCUAUCAACUCAGUAUCUCCCUCUGACACUGGUGACUAUCACUGCACAGCAAAGAGAGGAGACUUCUCAGUGGAUAGUGGGACUCUACAAGUGCGAGUUGAAGACCAGCCUCAACCCAAACUGUCAAUAGAGUCUGAAUGGAAAACAUUUUACCCAAAAGAAAAAGUGAUUCUGAAGUGUUCAAUCAAUUCAAAUGAAUGGGACUAUGAAUGGUUUAAUGAUGGAACUCAGCUUUCAGAUGAUGUUGACAUUUCCUUUUCUGGAAACACGCUUACAAUCAUCUCAGCAAAAGCAAGUCAUUCAGGACAGUAUUACUGCAGAGGAAAACAUCGUGAGAGAACAUUAGUUACUACAAGAACAACAGAAGCUUUGCAACUUCAUAUUCAUGUUGACACACCAAUGCCAGACAUCAGAAAAGAUCAGUGGUUUGAUUUCUUCUACACUGGGGAGAAAGUCGAGCUUGGUUGUAACAUGCCUGGUGAUGGAUGGGAGUAUGACUGGUAUAAAGACUCAGAAACCUUCAUCACAGAUCCAACCUUUAAUAUUAGCUCAGCAUCUUUCUCUGACACUGGUGACUAUCACUGCAAAGCAAAGAGAGGAGACUUCUCAGUGGAUGGUGAAACUCUACAAGUGCGAGUUGAAGCUCGUCCACCUGCAGUUCUGAGUCUGGAGACCGAAUUGAGCGACAUCAUGUCUGGGAAUAUCCUGACCCUCAGGUGUAGCGUCUCGGAUGGCAGACAGUGGAGCUACACCUGGUUCGAGAACGAACAGAGGCUCAAUGAGUCGUCAGAUGUGUUUAAAGUGACAGCAACUGAAGAAAAUAUUAAUAGUGAAUUCAAGUGCAAGGGAAUAAGGACGGAGAGACCACUGUACUCCGCUCUGAGUGAGGGCUUCACGGCCAAUAAUAUUGUAUUAAAAAGAAAGAUUCUGCUGGCUAUCUCGGGAUGUCUCGUGUGCUUUAUUGUAAUCCUGAUCAUUGGAUGCCUUGUUCUAAGGAUCACCCGUAAACCAGAGAAGAAAAAAACUGUACAAGAGGACUUGUUUUUCUCAAUGGGAGACUCCAAGAACCAAAUGGCUUUACCCUUGGAGGAGUACAUGGACAACAGUCCCACAGAGAUGCAAGAAUGUGAGAAAAAAGAAGAACUGUUUACUGAUCAUGUUUUAGCUGUUCAUGUGGAUGGUGUGAUUGAAGAUGAAGAUUCACAAGCGGCAGAAGCUAUUGGCCUGACAUCAUUUAAAGGACUCUGAACCAUUAUGUCAGCAAUCAACAUCAUGUUGGAGUUUCUAUAUUUGCACUGAGGCAGCUACUGUAAAUGACAUAUGCUUUUAUUAAAAAAGAUUGCAUUAGCACGGCACUUUGUCUAGUACGGAUAACGAAGAGUAAGAAGUGACAAUUAUCCGUAGUAAUCAAAGUAUGGUUUGUUUGAUUUGCUUUACUUGCAAAUAUAAAUAUUAAGUAUUAAUAUGAUGCCAUAGGGGAAAAAAAACAUUGAUUGUAAUACAUCUACUAGAUUAAUUUCUCAUUGUAAUUAAUUUACAUAUUGAACAAAAUAUUUUUUUUUCUACUCUGCCACCUGCUUAAUCGGCAGCUUCUGCUCAUCUUUGUAUUUUAUUUGAGAUAUUGUUUUUGUGUGUGCUUGUGUUUUGUGUUUUUAGCGUGUUGGUUCUGGAUUAUUUACAUUCAAAUAAACAAGGAAGACUA